AUUGGAUCAACCCUAUUUCAUGCCGGCAUGCAACAAACAUAUUUCAUCGCGAAUAUAAAUAGCAACUGAUUAGAGAAAUAAAAAAAAAAAGGAAAUAGCCAAAGCCGUGCGAUGGUGGUGCGUCCUUACAACGAUGAGCUCAAGUACCUGGAGAAGAUCAGCGACCACUGCUGGCGCAUCAAGAAGGGCUUCCAGCCGAACAUGAAUGUCGAGGGAUGCUUCUACGUCAACAGCCGGCUGGAGCGCCUGAUGCUGGAGGAGCUGAAGAACUCGUGUCGCCCGGGAGCAGUCGGUGGCUUCCUGCCCGGCGUAAAACAAAUAGCCAAUGUGGCAGCCCUGCCCGGCAUCGUAGGACGGUCUAUAGGCCUGCCAGACAUCCAUUCUGGCUACGGAUUCGCCAUCGGAAACAUGGCUGCCUUUGACAUGGACGAUCCCCUGUCCGUGGUGAGUCCCGGUGGCGUAGGAUUCGACAUCAACUGCGGUGUCCGUCUGCUGCGUACCAACCUAUAUGAGCGGGACGUGCAGCCGGUGAAGGAGCAACUAGCUCAGUCUCUGUUUGAUCACAUUCCUGUGGGUGUCGGCUCGAAGGGCAUCAUCCCGAUGAAUGCUCGUGACCUGGAAGAGGCCCUCGAAAUGGGCAUGGACUGGUCGCUACGCGAGGGUUACGUCUGGGCCGAGGACAAGGAGCACUGUGAAGAGUAUGGACGCAUGCUGAACGCCGAUCCCGCCAAGGUUAGCAUGCGGGCCAAGAAGAGGGGACUUCCGCAGCUGGGAACAUUGGGUGCGGGUAAUCACUACGCCGAGAUCCAAGUGGUGGACGAGAUCUACGACAAGUGGAGCGCCUCCAAAAUGGGCAUUGAGGAAAAGGGUCAGGUGGUGGUGAUGAUUCACUCGGGCAGCCGUGGCUUUGGCCAUCAGGUGGCCACCGAUGCUCUAGUGCAAAUGGAGAAGGCCAUGAAGCGAGACAAGAUUGAGACGAAUGACCGGCAGCUGGCCUGCGCGAGGAUCAACUCAGUGGAGGGUCAGGACUACCUCAAGGCCAUGGCGGCGGCCGCCAACUUCGCUUGGGUCAACCGCAGCUCCAUGACCUUCCUCACGCGCCAGGCCUUUGCGAAAAUGUUCAACACCACCCCGGAUGAUCUCGACAUGCACGUCAUCUACGACGUUUCGCACAACAUUGCCAAGGUGGAGAACCAUAUUGUCGAUGGAAAGGAGCGCAAGUUGCUGGUGCACCGGAAAGGCUCGACUCGCGCCUUUCCACCACAUCACCCUCUCAUCCCAGUGGACUACCAGCUCACGGGACAGCCAGUUCUAGUGGGCGGAACCAUGGGCACCUGCAGCUAUGUCCUCACUGGUACAGAGCAAGGCAUGCAGGAAACUUUCGGCAGCACCUGCCAUGGAGCGGGACGUGCUCUCUCCCGUGCCAAAUCUCGCCGGAAUAUCGACUACAAGGAGGUGCUCGAAAAACUGGAUCAGAUCGGUAUUGCCAUUCGCGUGGCCUCGCCCAAGUUAGUCAUGGAGGAGGCCCCAGAGUCGUACAAGGACGUGACCGAUGUUGUGGAUACCUGUCAUGCGGCGGGUAUUAGCAAAAAGUGCAUUAAAAUGCGACCCAUUGCGGUUAUCAAGGGCUGAUUAUCAUAAUUUAUUUAUACGAUUAAAUCAAUGAAGAUAUAAAAAUA